AUGGGUACUUGUGCAUCAAGUAUUAAGGCAACCAAAAGUGGAAACAAAUCCACUAUUGUUGUUAACAUAGUUCACUCAAAUGGAAAGCUACGACAAUUGAAAUAUCCAAUAAAAGCAUGGCAUGUUCUGUCUCGGAAUCCAAACCACUUUCUUUGUUCCUCAGAAACCAUGUAUGUUGGAUCAUAUUUACCUUCUGUGCCUCCAAAUCAAGAGCUUCAAUUGGAGCAUAUUUACUUCCUUCUUCCACUCUCCAAAUCCAACGUUCCACUAUCUCUGCAAGAUCUUUGUUCUCUAGCUAUCAAAGCUAACACAGCUCUUGGAAAAAAUAUGAACUUAAUGCUAAAAUCAUAUUCUGUUUUACAAACUACAAAUUUCACAUCACAUCCUACUCUUUCAAAUGUGUCUCUUGCAUAUUCCCAUUAG